AUGGCUGCUCUGAAAGGAUCCAGCAGCACGGGUGGUCCCUCUCCCUGUGGACCCAGUGACAUCAGCCGUCCCAGUGGCACCAGUGCUCUCAGCAAGGCCGGCAGCAUCCAAGGUUCCAGCGAAUCUGGCAACAUUGGUGGACUCAGCGGCCCCGGGCCCACUGAAGAGGAAUUCUCCAAACAAGCAUUUCCUGAUCUGAUCCCGGACAUGACCCUGAACCUGGGGAUGUCUAGUUCGACUUUAAGGGUAUUGCCCUUCCUCAAUCCAGGGGCCAGUCCCAGCUACCUACCCAGGAACCGCUUCAGGUUCCGCCCCCGGAUAGACCUUGGUCGUCAAUCCCGGCGGCCCUUUUGUGCUGUCGCCUUUGCCCACAAUAUCCCCGUGACAGGAGCUGCAGGACAUGGACCCAGUAACGCUGAGCCUGGAGUGUUCAUCUUCCAGGUUGGACCCAGUAAUGCUGAGCCUGGAGUGUUCAUCUUCCAGGUUGGACCCGAGGCAGAGCUAGUGGCAUCAGCAAAGCAGCCUGCCUUCCAAAUGCAGGGUAGACCCAACUGGGGUGCAGCAGGAUCUCUGCCUGGAGGUCCACGUUAUCCUGCACCCCUUAUUUCAGCAUCUUCUGUAAAGAAGACCGUGGUGCCCACCACAGCCUCUAGGGUCACCCAGGCUGUCCAGGGGGGUUUUGGUCCUCAAGGUCCACCCUCAGUGACCCAGGGGCAACCCAUCAUACUCCCAUUCAAUGGUGGGCCCCAGACCAUGUGGGUAACUGGGGACAAUGGUGUGGCCCCUGUUCAGAGCAGAGGCCCCCGUGAAAAGGUCGGCGGUUCCCAGAGUGUUUAUGCAAACUUUCGGCUCUGGCAGCGCUACAAGCCACUGGCCGGAUUGUACUUUACUCAGGCUCCAGAUACCGAAGCCUUUGCCUGCUUUCUCAUCCCUGUCUUACGAUCGCUGGCCCGCUUGAAGCCCACUAUGACUGUAGAGGAAGGCCUGGGAAAGGCGAUGCAGGAAUGGCAGCACAUAAGCAAGUCUGAGCAAGAGAUCUACUAUGGCAUGGCGACUAAGUUCAUGGAGUUUGAAACAGAGGAACAGAUGCAGGCACCGAAACUGCAGUGCGGCAAGGGGGAGAAGGUCCUACAAUCCUCCACCCUUCCAAAGCCUGAGCUUCAGGGGACACCACCCCCAGCUGUGGGCCAACAGUCAGGAGCCUUUGGCCUUCAGAACCUCCCCAGUCCUGGAGCUCAGCUGCUCCUGGUCACCUGUGUUUCUUUGUCCUUCACCCUGUCGGUUUCUUACAUGCUCCACUUAAUAGAGGAUAGGAGCCCUGUAGACACUUUGUCCCCUCCUCACACUGAGGGUCUCCUCAACUCUACUCCAGCCUGUGUCACGGGGAAUGCCAGUCCACGGGCCCUGGCACCUCUACCCACAAAACCCAAGGAUCAAAGUCUCCCCAGGACCCAGGCACCUUCUGAGAUCCCCGCUGAAGCUGUGGAAGAGUAUAUAGAAAUAAUGAACGAUCUUCUGAAGGACCACAAAAUUGAGGAGUCCAGGAAAGAUCUAGAGGAGGAGGAGGACAGGACUUGGUUAAUCCUUAACCUAUUUCCUUCUGCCCAGGUGGAGGCCAUCAUUGACGAUCGGUUCCUGGGACACCUGCUCUCCUCAGAGCCCCAGUUGGAUAUCUCAACCCUUGCAAAGGAAUUGGAAGAGGUGGAAGGAUUCAGCCGCUCACAGCUUACGGAUGAGAACCUGCAGGCCCUGCUUGAUGAGCAGACGGGGAAGGCUCAUCUCUGCCACCAGAAGACCCACCAGGACUCAAUUCCAGAGGGGAUUUCAGCCAACAUCGGUGCCCCGACACCCACCCAGGCCAGCAGGCCAAGGGCGAGCGCUGCUACUUCCACCUGUGUGCCAACAAGUUCUUCGGGACAAACUCCAAGGCCUGUCAUUCAGUUGGCAACUGAAGCCUCUGAACCCAAACCCAGCCAGUGUCCCCACCCUGUUCUCACCACCCUGGGCAGUAGGGCUGACCACAUCCUGGAAAAGGACCCUCUUGGCAUUUUGAUGCCUGGGCCUAAUGAGAGCUCUGAGGAGGAGGAUCUUCCCAGCCUGGCCUUUCUCCUGGAUCCUUGCCAGAGCCGGCAGCCCCGUGGCUUGCCUCUGAGACCUGCCCCUGCCCCUGGCCCCCCAGAAGCCUAG